AUGAAUUCAGAUAGUGUUGAAGGUAGCACGUUAGUGUCAACAAUUGCAAGUAAUAUCCAACGAUUAAGCCAAUACGUGCAACAAUUGGAAGUGUUAGGUGGAAAAAUAGGUAGCAGGGAUGAUGGUGAACAUUUACGUGAUCAGGUAGCAGAAGUAACAUCAUCAGCUAAUGUAUUAAGUAAAGAAACGAAUACUUUAAUGAAACGCUUGGUGGAAUUAUCGAACGAUCAGAGGUAUGCAUCGACAAUGAAAGUGCAUCGUGAACGACUCAUGGGUGAUUUAAUUGGUGUUUUAAAUCGUUUACAAGUGGCACAAAGGAAUGCAAUUGCGAAAGAAAAGGAAUCAAUGAAAGCAGUAGCUGCUCAGGAUCAGCAAGUUAGCCAUCAGAUAGAACAAGUAAACGAUAAUGGGCAACAGGAACGAAAGCAACUCCAGAUUCAACACCAGCAGCAUCUGACGGAAAUUCGAGAAAGGAGUGAGGCGAUGAGACAGCUUGAUCAGGAUAUCAGUGACGUGACACAGGUAAUGAAAGAUUUAGCGAGAAUUGUGCAUGAUCAAGGUGAAAUUAUGGAUAGUAUUGAAGCAAAUGUGGAACAUGCAUCUAUGCAAGUGCAACAGGGUGCAACAGCAGUACAACGAGCUGUUAUAUACCAACAAAGGGCACGACAAAAGAAAUUUUUUUUAAUUAUAUUUUUCUUUACUCUCAUUCUCAUUCUCAUUCUCAUUGCAUACUUCUUCACCAAAUAA